GUUUGAAAGGGAGCCCUCUGCCUCCUUUGGCCCAGCUGUGAAAGGGAACUUCAAGGGGGAAUGCCAGGUUGCCUGGUGGCCAAAGCGUGACAGGACCCUGGCCACUGACCCCUGGGCUUGGAGGAAAGGGGAAAGGUGGAUGGGUGGGCCAUCGGAGCAGAAGAUGAGGCGCCUGUCCUCUUUGUAGCCUCCCAGGUUUGGCCAAAGGGUCGCUCCUGUUCCCCUAAAAGCGCAGGCAAGAAGGGCGAGGCGACUUCGCGGACCUCAGCCUCUCCGCCUGAGCCGGAUUCCCUCCCAGCCACGAUGGACUUGCCAGGCUGCAUCCCGGACGCGCCGCCCGCCUCCUUCCAGUGAGAGGAGCCAAGGGACCGGGGAGAAGACCCUCCGAGGCAGCCCCAGUGGAGGAGGAGGCGGUGAUGGUGGUCGAGAUGCGGCGGGGGGCUUCUCCUCCUUGGGCGCCUCCGUCGGGGCUGUGGCUGCUGCCCUUGCUGCCCUUGCUACUGCUCUUGCUGCUGCUGCCCUCGGCCUCCUGGGCGGCGUCGGGGCUGCAGAACGACACGGAGCCGAUCGUGCUGGAGGGCAAGUGCCUGGUGGUGUGCGACUCCAGCCCAUCCGCCGACGGCGCCAUCACCUCCUCGCUGGGCAUCUCCGUCCGCUCCGGCAGCGCCAAGGUGGCCUUCUCGGCCACGCGUAGCACCAACCACGAACCCUCCGAGAUGAGCAACCGCACCAUGACCAUCUACUUCGACCAGGUAUUAGUUAAUAUUGGCAACCAUUUUGACCUGGCUUCCAGUAUAUUUGUAGCACCAAGAAAAGGGAUUUAUAGUUUCAGUUUCCAUGUUGUAAAAGUAUAUAACAGACAAACUAUCCAGGUUAGUUUAAUGCAGAACGGCUACCCGGUGAUUUCAGCUUUUGCUGGGGACCAAGAUGUCACCAGAGAAGCAGCCAGCAAUGGGGUCUUGCUCCUUAUGGAAAGAGAAGACAAAGUGCAUCUCAAACUGGAAAGAGGAAACCUCAUGGGAGGAUGGAAAUACUCAACAUUUUCUGGCUUCUUAGUCUUUCCGCUAUAAAGGGGGGUCAAGGAGAAAUCCUAUCUGCAAGCUGGAACCAGGAUCCAGUCAUUAAAAACAACAACAAGAACACACAAGAACCCUCCUUCUCCCCGUCUGUGAACUUGGCUAGACAUUGCCAAUAAUUCCAGCCACCCUGUCAGACUGCCAUAAUAGAAGAAUGGGAAGCCUUCUCAAUACCGCUCUUUGCUUUGACUCUUGACAGUUCCUUGGGAGACCUUCGGCUCUGAUUAGUUUUAGAUGACAGUGAUCUUUAAGAGAAAUGAAAUUAUCAACCUGAGCAAUUUGUACCUGUGAUUGUAAAGUCAAUUUUGGAUUUUAUUGUUGGGAUCAUUGACUUUCCUCCCUUUGUUCUCUUUCUGUUCUUGUUCUGAAGAGACACACUAAUUGGGACCACACAUCUGCUUGUCUGGGGCUUAUCCUAAAGCCAGAAGAAAUCAACAUCUGAUGAAGUGUUCUUGCGAUACUCUUCUCUCUUUGUGUUUGUAUAGCCUUAAAAAAAUACCAAGAGAAAUUAAGAAUGGCAUCAUUUUCAAUCCUGUUAUCUUCUGGGGGAGGGAAAUCUUUGGACAUUGCUGUGUUAAGAAGUGCUUUAUCCAGUGAAGCAAAUUUUGCACGAUUGGAAACUAUUUUAUUUUGUGUUACUCGUGUUUUUCAUCAUCAUCCUUUUCAUUUCCUGACUGUUUUUGUGCUAAAGAAGAAAGCUAGACUGAUCAAUAAGAUAAAGCAAGCACAAACAUACCUUGUAGCUCACAAUUAAACUAACCAGUGAAUUGUUCUGCUUGCACUAUACAUCUGAUCUAAUGGAAACAUUAGUUGAAAUUGGGAAAGACAGUGCACAAUCUGAUGCUUGAGUUACAAUUUGGAAAGGGACUGAAAUUUCUGAAUUUACAGUAUAUGACAUUUCCAGAAUCUGUUCCAGAAAGCUGUGAAUAUCUUAUUUGAACAUAAAACAAUGGCAUUUAUUUUGCUAUUCUGGGAGUUCUUUGGUGCUUUCCUGGUCUUUAUUUCAUGGAUUUGACUAUUAGAGCUUGAAUAUGCAGUGGUAUGGACUCUUUGAAUGGUCCAACAAAUCAUCUCCGCUUCAAUUUAGGGUAAAACAGUUUCACACUGAGCCUGUCAGGAUCAGAUAUGUAAUCAACAGUUGCUGUUAGUAUGUCUCCCAGAACCAGAGCAUCAAAAUCCUGAGGUUUGGAAAGCUUUCGAAGAUUUAUAUAGAUGUGCAAUGAAUACACCAUAAAUUGUAUAUUUUAUUAUAUUUAUUUAUUUUUGUUGCAGCUUCACCUAUUAGCAUCCAAAGACUUCUGAGUAGUUUUAAUCCAAUACUGUAUACCAGAAAGGUCAUUGAUUCCAAAUGAUAAAAGAAGAAACCUCAGGUUGAAUUCAAAUUCACCUACUUUGUGUCAAUGUAACCAAAAUGCUGAUGAACUUUAGAUUCAGAAUAAAUGGGUUUCAUGUCCAA